UACUCGCUGGCGUUCGUGUAGCUGUGGAAAUUUCCAAGCAGAAGGUUUUUUGGCACGCUUUUGGUGUUGACGAGGAAUUGUGCGUGGUGAAAAGAAGUUUCUAAUCAAGUGAAAAUCGUGUAUUUACUGUGAAUCAACGAUCUGAUACGCGAGAAGAUGCAGCAGCAGCUUGGGCAGACGCAGGUGAUGCUGAAGAUGAACGACGUGCCACUGUCAUCAGUUGGUCUUCUGGAGUUGGCCCACCGUGAAUACCAGGCGGUGGACUAUGAGAAUGCGGAGAGGCAUUGCAUGCAGUUGUGGCGACAGGACAGCAACAACACGGGUGUUUUGCUGCUCCUCUCAUCCAUCCACUUCCAGUGCCGCAGACUGGACAAGUCGGCUCACUUCUCCACGCUGGCCAUCAAGCAGAAUCCGCUGUUGGCUGAGGCCUACAGUAAUCUGGGAAAUGUGUAUAAGGAGCGUGGGCAGCUGCAGGAAGCUCUGGAGAACUACCGUCAUGCUGUCCGACUAAAGCCUGACUUCAUCGAUGGCUACAUCAAUUUAGCAGCGGCUCUGGUGGCUGCCAGGGAUAUGGAGCAAGCUGUUCAAGCCUACGUGACAGCACUGCAGUAUAAUCCCGAUUUAUACUGCGUUCGAAGUGACUUAGGGAAUCUUUUGAAAGCAUUAGGUCGUUUAGACGAAGCGAAGGCGUGCUACUUGAAGGCCAUCGAGACUCGUCCAGAUUUUGCUGUGGCCUGGAGCAAUUUGGGAUGCGUCUUCAAUGCUCAGGGGGAAAUUUGGCUGGCUAUUCAUCAUUUUGAGAAAGCCGUUGCUCUUGAUCCAAAUUUCCUGGACGCUUACAUCAAUCUUGGCAAUGUGCUGAAGGAGGCUCGCAUCUUCGAUCGAGCUGUGGCGGCUUACUUGAGAGCCCUCAAUCUGUCCGCCAGCAAUGCUGUUGUCCAUGGAAAUUUGGCGUGUGUCUACUAUGAACAAGGAUUAAUUGAUUUGGCUAUUGACACAUACCGGAGGGCAAUUGAGUUGCAACCCAAUUUCCCUGAUGCAUAUUGCAAUUUGGCGAAUGCACUCAAGGAGAAAGGAGAGGUGCAAGAAGCUGAGAAUUGUUACAACACUGCUCUUCGCUUGUGUCCCACCCAUGCGGAUUCCCUCAAUAAUUUGGCCAAUAUCAAGCGCGAACAGGGGUACAUUGAGGAGGCAACCAGACUGUACCUCAAGGCAUUGGAAGUGUUUCCUGAAUUUGCAGCGGCUCACUCUAAUUUGGCGUCGGUGUUGCAACAGCAAGGUAAACUCAAUGAAGCCCUUAUGCAUUACAAAGAGGCAAUUCGCAUUCAGCCCACCUUUGCGGAUGCCUACUCGAACAUGGGUAACACCUUGAAGGAGAUGCAGGAUGUUUCGGGAGCUCUUCAGUGCUACACGAGAGCCAUUCAGAUCAAUCCCGCCUUUGCGGAUGCUCAUAGCAAUUUGGCCAGCAUCCACAAGGAUUCAGGCAACAUCCCAGAGGCGAUUCAAAGCUACAGAACAGCGCUGAAGUUGAAGCCAGACUUUCCAGAUGCCUAUUGCAAUCUUGCGCACUGUCUGCAGAUUGUUUGCGAUUGGACGGAUUAUGAUGCGCGUAUGAAGAAAUUGGUGAGCAUUGUGGCGGAACAGUUGGAGAAGAAUCGUCUGCCGUCUGUACAUCCACAUCAUUCGAUGUUGUAUCCACUGUCACAUCAAUUCCGGCGCGAUAUUGCGGCACGACAUGCCAAUUUGUGCCUUGAGAAAAUUCACGUGCUGCACAAGCCACCGUAUAAGUUUAUGCGAGAGCUUCAGGGUGGCCGCUUGAGGAUUGGCUAUGUUAGUAGUGAUUUUGGUAAUCAUCCCACAUCGCACCUCAUGCAAUCAAUUCCCGGUUUGCAUGAUCGACACCGUGUGGAGGUGUUCUGCUACGCUCUGUCGCCGGAUGACGGCACGACAUUCAGGAGCAAGAUUGCCCGUGAGGCAGAACAUUUUAUUGAUUUGUCACCGAUUCCAUGCAAUGGCAAGGCGGCCGAUCGCAUUCAUGGUGAUGGCAUUCACAUACUCGUGAAUAUGAAUGGAUAUACAAAGGGUGCAAGAAAUGAGAUUUUCGCUUUGCGACCAGCUCCUAUUCAAGUGAUGUGGCUUGGGUAUCCGGGAACGAGUGGAGCCAGCUUCAUGGAUUACGUGAUUACAGAUGCCGUGACAUCACCGCUCGAUUUGGCGCCGCAAUACAGCGAGAAAUUGGCAUACAUGCCCUACACCUACUUUAUCGGGGAUCACAAGCAGAUGUUCCCGCAUCUCAAGGAGCGUCUCAUUGUGAGUGACAAGACACACGGCAAUAAUGCUGCUGUGGCGGACAAUGUGGCCGUAAUCAAUGCUACAGAUCUCUCGCCGCUGGUCGAGAGUACGGAUGUGAAGGAGAUUCGUGAAGUGGUGAUUGCCCAGAAGCCGGUGGAGAUAAGCCUAAAGGUGGCUGAAUUGCCAACCACCACGCCCAUUGAGACGAUGAUCGCGUCUGGGCAGGUACAGACGUCAGUGAAUGGGGUGGUGGUACAGAAUGGACUAGCCACGACACAGACGAACAACAAGGCGGCCACCGGCGAAGAGGUGCCCCAAAAUAUCGUCAUCACGACACGCCAGCAGUAUGGAUUGCCAGACGAUGCCAUUGUGUACUGUAACUUCAAUCAGCUGUACAAAAUUGAUCCGCUCACGCUGCAAAUGUGGGUGCACAUUCUCAAGCACGUGCCCAACUCCGUGCUUUGGUUGCUCCGCUUCCCGGCUGUUGGGGAGCCCAAUCUGCAGGCUACAGCUCAGCAGUUCGGUCUUCCGCCAGGAAAGAUUAUCUUCUCGAAUGUCGCCGCGAAGGAAGAACACGUUAGACGUGGGCAGUUGGCGGACGUGUGCCUGGAUACGCCGCUCUGCAAUGGCCACACGACUUCGAUGGAUGUGUUGUGGACGGGAACGCCCGUUGUCACACUUCCCGGUGAGACAUUGGCGUCAAGAGUCGCGGCUUCACAGCUGGCCACUCUUGGCUGUCCGGAAUUGAUUGCCCGAACUCGACAGGAGUACCAGGACGUGGCUGUGCGCCUGGGCACUGAUCGAGAGUACCUGAAGGCCAUGCGAGCCAAGGUGUGGAAGGCGCGCGUAGAGAGUCCACUGUUUGAUUGCAAGCAGUAUGCACAGGGCCUGGAGAUGCUCUUCGGCAAGAUGUGGGAAAGACACGCUCGUGGCGAGACGGCUGAUCACAUUUCGGCAAAUUCCAAGUGAGAGCGCUCGUGGCGGACGUGGAGAUUUAAGAGGCGCGACACGGAGAAGAAAAAUUAGUAGUGCUAUAGAAGGAGAUUCUCUCUCUAAAACUGUUUCUUUGUGGAAAACUUUGGUUUUUAUAUCAAUGAGUAUAUUAUAUUUUUUUCUUUAAGUGUAGUUGCUAGGGAGGAGUUUUUGCCACUAUACAAAGCCAAUAGACCACAAGUGGAAUCAAUGUUUUGGCUCGCUUACACAUCAUCUUUAGGCAUUUAGGAGAGUGAAAGGACAAGAGUUUGAGAAGUAUACUGUAUGACGAUUAUUGACUUUAAAUUGUCUAUUUAGACUUAUAUUUAUGUGUAACUGUAACUGUAAUAUAUGUGAAGAGUUAAGAUUAGUUUAUUUUCCUAUCUUUUUUUCUUACGUUAAGCAUAUUUGAAAAUAAUAUCCUAUUAUUACUUUAUAGAGAACAACUGUGUGGAUUGAUAGACUAUUCCUUGUGCGGGUUGUUUAGAAAUUGGGAAAGUGAUAGAUGCAGGAAAAUUUAGGGUGAUCUAGAGGAAACCUUUCGAAAAUUACAGUGAAUAUUAAUUUUUGUCACUUGUCCAAAUCUCUUUGUAAAUAUAUUCAACUGAUUGUAUGAGAAAUUCAUUUAAUCUUUUAUGUGCUUAAGAAUACUUCAAAAUAUAUGUUCUGAAAAUUCA